AUGUCGGAAGAAGUGCUCAAUUGCGCGCGCUUUGGCGACGACGAGGAGCUCAAGAUACUUCUGAAUGCAGUCGAUAAUGACGCUCGUGACGCGCUGCUCAAUUCUGUCCAGCCCGAGACGCUUAACACGCCACUGCAUAUGGCUUGUGCAAAUGGUCACGUCGACUGUGUCCGCGAGUUACUAAAGCACGGAGCGCGACAUUUGCCAAAUGCUAGUGGGAACUUGCCGCUACACUGGGCAGUUCAGAAUACCCAUCGAGAGAUUGUCAAGUUGUUGGUGGACGGUGUCCAGGACUUGGAUGUGCUGUCUCGCAAUAACUUUGGACGGGGCUGCGUCACAGAAGCUUUUCAAUGUGAUGACCCGGAAAUCCUGACAAUGCUGCUGGAGCACGGCUCGGCAACAGAAGAGCGUCUGGCAGAAGGCACGGGUAUGGGCAACGAUGCUCUGAAGGAAGAGAAGAUUGAGGAGGAUGGCGAGGAGAUUGACAGCAGCACGACGCCAAAGGUUUUGCAAGAGACGGUGCUGGAGUUUGAUUUUGUGCCUGGCUUACCGACGUUACGAGCAAGAGAGCUGGCGCUGGAAUGGAGUAAGGACGCUUUUGGCUCGACUGCUGAGGAGGAUAUCACCGGCGUGUCGAUCUGGUCGGCGGCGCUCAUUCUGAGUCGAUGGAUCAUUGAGCACCGCAAUGUUUUUGAUGGCAAACAGGUCUGUGAACUGGGCUCGGGCUGUGGCGUUAGUGGCCUUGCAGUGCACAAGUAUACGAAUGCCUCGCGUGUGGUGUUGUCCGAUCUGUUUGCGCAUACUAUCGUGAAUCUGGAGCACAAUGUCGAGCUCAAUAAGAUGGACAAGAAUGCCGAAUCGGACACAGAUGUCAAACCCGAGGCCCCCGUUCUCGACUGUUGUAGUCGGUGUGGUACCGUUCAGCGCUUUACACCCGAUAACCCAGAGGGCAAGCUCAUGACGUGCGGCGGCUGCAAAUGUGUUGCUUACUGCUCUCGUGAAUGCCAAAAGAAGGCCUGGAAGAAGCAUAAAUCUGAGUGUAAGGUCAUCCGCGCGCAGCGUGAGCAGACUGAGACUCGGAAGGAGAACAAAGUCCAUGAGAAGGGGAUUGUGCAGGUCAAAGCUAUUGACUGGGCUCAGCGCGAGACCUGGCCGGUUCAUUGUGAUGACGACAAGUUCGAUGUGCUCUUUGGCUCCGAUCUCGUGUAUCAUCAGGAUAUCGUGCCAGUACUUGUGGACGUCGUAGACGGUAUGCUCGGCACCGAAGGUCGAUUCUUGCAUGUUGCUUCUCAAGCACGGCACUCGCUGGUCGAGUUUAAGGAGGCGAUGGAGGCGCGUGGUUUCAGCUGCAACGUGGAGGAAGUACCUGACGAGUACAAGACGAACCCACUGGUGGGCAAUGACGCUGCGACGGAGCUUUUCGCCCUCCACUUCAACGAGAUGAGCGACGUGUACUGCAUCUAUACCUUCACUCGUACUACUCAUUCGCAGAGUAAUUGA